CACCUGAUAACGCGAUUACUUCAUAAGAAUACCCUUUUACAUCAUACGCGUUUAAGCGCGAUGUCUGCCUAAGUUACCUCGGGUUUCAUUAGAAGUUUAGGGAUUCGCGAUUUACCAUUUACCAUGGCAGACCAUUAUGAGAAACGGGAGGAAGAGGAAGAGGAAGAUGAGCUUGGCGAACAGGACUUUAAAGCUCAGAAGGAUGCUCUCAUUUUCGCUAUCGAUGUGAGCAAGUCGAUGCUACGACCACCUCCUGAGUCAAAUGACAAGAAGGCAGACAAGGAUCCUCCUGUGUUUGCUGCGUUGAAGUGUGCCUAUCAGGUGAUGCAACAGCGCAUUAUAUCUAACCCGAAGGAUAUGAUGGGAAUUGUUCUAUUUGGCACCGAAAAGAAGAAGUAUCGGGAUGAAGAGAAUCCCCCUUAUCCACAUUGUUAUGUCUAUACCGACCUCGAUAUACCCGCGGCCGAAGACGUAAAGAAUCUCAGAGAUCUUCUAGAAGGCGGGGAAGAUGCCGAUGAGAUUCUGACGCCAUCUAGCGAGGGGGUUGUUAUGGGAAGAUUGCUUUUCUUGGUGAAUAAUCUCUUCACCACCAAAGCACCGAAUUUUGGAUCCCGAAGACUAUUCAUCAUCACGGAUAAUGAUGAUCCUCACAAAGAGAGCAAAGAGCUUAGAGAAAACGCAGCAUGCCUUGCCAAAGACCUGUACGACCUAGGCGUCACCAUAGAUCUCUUUGCGAUCACUCGCGAGGACGAAAAAUUUGAUUUCACCAAGUUUUACGAUGAUAUUAUAUACCGGGAUCCAGUCAUCGAGGAAGUACAAUCAGGAAGAAUAUCUACCUCCAAAUCCGGCAGCGGUCAAACUCUUUUGAGUUCGUUAACUUCCAAUAUCAACUCUAGACAAACCCCAAAACGAGCAUACUUCAGCAAUAUGCCGCUUGAGCUGGGCCCCGGGCUUCAAAUAUCAGUUAAAGGAUACAAUAUCACUCAAAGACAGACCCCUGCACGUAGUUGUUACGUUUGGAUAGACGGCGAGAGAGCACAAAUUGCCGUUGGGGAAACUGCACAUAUAGCCGAAGACAGCGCUAGGACGGUACAGACGGGUGAAGUCAAGAAAGCCUAUAAAUUCGGCGGUGAAUAUGUCUACUUCAGCGAGGAAGAGCUGAAGUCAAUUAAACAAUUCGGCGGUCCAAUAAUCCGGAUAAUUGGCUUUAAAGAUAGGUCUCAACUGGGGUUCUGGGCGUCCAUCAAAAAUUCAGUCUUUAUCUUUCCAAGCGAAGAAGGCUACGUCGGAUCCACGCGUGUCUUUACUGCAUUAUGGCAGAAGUUAUUAAAAUCCAAAAAGAUCGGGGUUGCGUGGCAUAUUGCUCGAACAAAUGGAAAUCCUCAGCUGGUUGCUAUCAUCCCCUCUACGGCGCAAACGGAUAGCAAAUCGGGCAUGAAUUUCAUACCGGCUGGUUUAUGGCUUUACCCAAUUCCGUAUGCCGACGACGUACGCGAGGGCCCGGACCAGGCUAAUUUUGUCCGAACUACGAACCAGUUGACCGACAUUAUGAAUAAGAUUGUGGGAAACUUGCAACUACCAACUGCUACCUAUAAUCCAUCGAGAUAUCCCAAUCCCGCGCUCCAAUGGCAUUACAAGAUUCUCCAGGCGCUUGCGCUAGAAGAAGAGGUACCUGACAAACCAGAAGAUGCGACGGUCCCCAAGUACAGGGCGAUCCACAACCGGUGUGGAGCGUACAUACAGGAAUGGUCACAGAUGGCGGACGACGUUCUAGGCAUGGUCAGGGAUGCUAAAGCUAUUAAGCGGGAGAUGGAAAUAGACGAUGAUGACGACGAGCCUAGACCAGCAGCGAAGAAAUCCAAACCGGCUGCGGCAAAAGCAGGCGGUGGUGAUGCCGGAAUGAAUAAUGCAGAACUGAAGGAGCGUUAUCAACAAGACACCUUGUCCAAGCUGACUGUAACUGAGUUAAGACCGAUCCUGAACGCUCGAGGGAUUGAUUCGAAGGGGCUGAAAAAGACUCUUGUCGAGAGACUUGAGGAGUGGAUUGAAGACAAUGCGUAAUUUAGGGAGUGAUGGAUUUCAAUAACGCUUGGCGUUCCAGGUGGUUAAUAAGUGUAGGUCACAAGUACGGCGUUGGGGAUAACAUCACUUCCAGAGAGCUACCUACCUUGUAUGAAGUAGGUAGCUACAGUACCUAGAGACGUGAUUACUAGUACCUACUAUUGUAUAUAGAGGAAUAAACCUACCUGUGACGGUAGAUGUGGUCUUUAGUUGGCAUGGUAUGUAAAUCAUAGUCCUUUCGUUUUUAUUAUAUUCAUGCCAUUCUCUAAUGGAGCUUCGCAUAGGGCUCUAUAAAUAAAAAGAUAAAAGGAGUGAAUUAGGUAUUGGUUUGCUGGUCCAGCGCAAAGCUUUCGAUUUUACAAGUAUUUUUUUUAAGUCUUACGUAAUUUCCAAUUGAUUAGACGUACC